CUUUGUGGAAACAAUCAUUUCAAAAAUGCGGCAUAAGGAUAAAAAUAGUGUAUUGGGGACCUCAAAUGAGGGAGUAACAGAGCAGGAUAUCGACACUGUCGAGGUCGAGAUGAGUAUUGAAGCUAAACGGAGUUGUAAACAGUUGCCUUGGUACUUUGGCGCUGGAUUUCUGAUGGCUUGGAUGGCUCUGUUUUAUGCGAUUGUGAUACCGUUAUCUAAUUCCUUACCAAAUGGGCUGAAGGUAGCAGAGGAAAUAGAAAAACCUGGAGAAUUUGUAGCGGAACGAGCAGAAAUCUUGCUCCUUGAAAUCGACAGAAUGGGACCACGUGUGGCCGGAGAUGUAGCCAACGAAGUUGUAAUUUACGAUUUUCUGCUCAAUGAAAUUGAAAAAAUUCGUUCAGAAAUGGUCACAGAUUUAUUUGAAUUGGAGGUGGAUGUUCAGCAUGUGUCGGGUUCCUAUAUGAGAGACCAAUUGAUGAAUGUUUAUCGGGGUGUACAAAAUGUGAUAGUAAAACUAAGUGCUAAAAAUUCCAAUAGCACAUCGUAUUUGCUGUUGAAUAGUCACACCGAUACCAAGCCGGGAGCGUGGGGUGCGGGGGAUGAUGCCUUUAUGGUAGUGGUCAUGUUGGAAGUCUUACGCCAGAUGUCCAUAUCUGAAAAGACGUUUCUUCAUCCAAUUGUUUUUUUAUUUAAUGGAGCUGAGGAGCAAUCAUUGCUAGCCGCUCACGGGUUUAUUACACAGCACAAGUGGGCCACAAGUUGCAAAACCGUAAUUAACCUUGAAGGCGCUGGCUCGGGUGGCCGUGAAAUACUUUUCCAAAGCGGACCUAAUCAUCCAUGGCUAAUGAGGCAUUACAGAAAUAGUGUGAAACAUCCAUUUGCGACUACACUUGCAGAGGAAAUAUUUCAAGCCGGACUUAUUCCUUCCGAUACUGAUUUUAGAAUUUUCCGUGAUUAUGGACCCGUGCCAGGGCUGGAUAUGGCCACGGUAAAAAAUGGAUUUGUUUACCAUACAAAGUUUGACCGAUGGGCACUCAUAUCUCAGGACUCACUCCAAAACUCAGGCGACAACAUCUUAGCUUUAACACGUAGUAUUUCUAACGCAGAAGAAAUGUAUGACAUAGAGGCAUAUUCCGAAGGCCAUUCCGUGUUCUUUGAUUUUCUGGGUCUUUUCUUUAUCUACUAUUACGAGUCAACUGGUGUAGCUUUGAAUAUGUCAUUUUCUCUCGGCGGAAUACUUGUCGUGUGUGUCUCAUUAUGGCGCAUGUCGAGAGUAUCGUGUGAGAAUGUUAGCACAUUGGCAUGCGAAUUCGGCAUAUUUCUUCUAUUGGCCGUUUUUGGAUUUCUGUUGGCUUUCGGGUUUCCCUUGUUAAUGUCUGUUCUCUACGAUGCUGGCGACCGCACAAUGACCUAUUUCAGCAACAGCUGGCUGCUCAUUGGCAUCUUCAUUUGUCCCUCAUUAAUUGGCUUGGUAUUGCCAACGACUCUAUAUUUAACUCUAAGAACAAAGGAGAAGAUCUGUCAUGCAUAUCGUUUACAAAUAGCUCAACACGCCCACUGUGUAUUUCUAUCUGUCAUUUGUAUUAUUCUAACGAUUGCAAGUUUCCGUAGUACGUAUCUGUGUAUGAUUUCUCUACUUUUUUAUUUCGGCUCUCAAGUCAUAAAUCUGCUAAGCACACUCCACAAUCGAGGCUACUUUUGGGCACUUAUAAUUAGUGCUGGUCAGAUAAUACCCUUUUUAUAUUUAAGUUAUAGAUUUUAUAGUAUCAUAUCGAUUGUCAUUCCAAUGACAGGUCGAAACGGCCUCUCUCCUAAUCCGGACAUGUUAGUUGCCUUGUUGUGUGCCUUGGGUUCUAUCUUGUCGUUUGGUUUUCUGGCACCCCUCAUCAAUGCAUUCCGUCGCCCAAACUGUAUAAUCGGCGGAUUGGUCCUAACAAUGUUUAUAUUCUGCAUGAUAACUCUCUCACACAUCGGUUUUCCAUAUCGAUCGAAAACUAACGUAAUGCGUGUUGAUUCAAUGCAAGUGAAUCGCAGGUUCUAUGAUUAUGAUGGCAGUUUGAGUCUUGAAGAUUCUGGUUACUACCUUCAUUUGUUGGAUCGGCAUAGGGAGCAGCCACUUCAUCAGACUAUGAAUUUGACUAAUUUGCAACGACUGGGAGACACUUGUGGCGACGAGCUGAUGUGCGGCAUUCCGUGUUAUCGAUGGUGUGCCUCUAGAAAUGAGGCUCGAUGGUUACCUAGACGGGAACCUGUAGAAUUACCCUAUCCCACAGUGUUGGAACUUAUCAACAGAACCGUCCUAGAUAAUGGCUAUCAAGUACGAUACUUCUUUCGACUGAGUGGGCCCCCAAAUCUUGGUUUGUUUGUUAAGCCUAAAUUGGGCGUGAAACUAUUAAAAUGGUCCUUCGAUCAAAAGAUGCUCGACUAUGCGGGUACGUACAAACCGCCUCUUCAAAUUUUAAUCACAUCUGGAAAAGACAAUUCGCCUAUUGAUUUUUAUUUUGAGCUUUUGAAAAGUGACGACAAUUCGGAUAUGCCAGUAUUUGAGCUUGGAGUUUCGGGACACUAUGCGAGUCCCACAGCUAGGCGAGAUAACUCAAGUUUGGAGUUUCUUAAAACUCUUCCGGAUUUUGCCUACUCAAUGGAAUGGCCAAGCAGCUAUGAAAGACAUAUAUUUUAAAGAAAUUUGUUCUAUUCGAUUAGAAAUCGCCAAGAAUUACAUUUUUUUUUGGCUCUAGAAUUGUUUUUUGCGCACCAUUAAUCCUUGAUGUACAAAUAUUUUUACAAACCAUUUUGUCUAUCUUGGGUACUGGAAUUUUAUA